AGAAUCAGAAUCUGAAAACUGCGGUCUAGGUGACUUUUUACAUUCCCGCAGCCAAAAAAAAAGGCAGUCUUCUUUUUGCGUUAACGUGACAGAGCGUCACUCCAGUUCCCAAAACCCUACCUCCAAAAUACUACUUUGAAACGGAAACCCCAGAUUCCUUUUUAAACAAAAUUCUCUAAUCCCAAUAGCCUUUUUAAUUUUAAUUCCUUUCACUACUUAUAUAAACCAAAAUCCCAAAACCCUAGCGAUUGAAAUCCACGCUCCUCCCUCCUCCAUGGAAGCGCGUCGCGCCUCCAGAACCGUCAGCGACCCCAAGGUCCGCCACGUCGGAUUCUUCACCCCUGACCCGAACCCCCAACCAGGUUGGAACCCUCUUGCCUCCGACACUCCCGUCAGCAAUUCUCUCUCCCCCGUCAUGAUUCCGCCGCCGCGUCAACCCGCCGACCGUACCGCCGCCGUCCCUGUCCCCGAGACCGGGGUACGCCGCCAGACCGGUGCGGAUCAAGUGCCGGUUGGGAGCUACAACCCGUCCGAGUCUCUGCUCGGUUCGUCGCCCCUGCCUUCGUCUCCGUCGAGCCGGGUCGGGUUGGUUGAUGGGGAGUUCUCCGAGGAGUCGAAUGGGUGGUUCCGCCGGAGCGAGUCGGGGAAGUACGCUUCGAGUCUUCCCGAUACGAUGGUGGAGAGGGCGCCGGAGAAUUCGGCCUCGGCGGCGCCGGUUUUGGAGUCGAAGAAGUCCGUCGAAGCAACCGGCAAGGGUGGAAAAGCUGUUGUGGAAGAGCAAAAUGAAGUUCAAUCUAGUUCAAAGCCACUGAAAGAAAAAACAACCAAAGCUGAAAGGCGUGCCUUGCAGGAAGCCCAGAGAGCUGCAAAAGCUUCUGGAAAAGCAGAGGGAAACAAAUCUGCUGCUGUAUCUCUGGGAGCAGCUCCUGUUAAACCUGUGAAGCAACCUUCACAAAAGAAAGAUGGCCCUCCAGUUUCAGUUUCAGUUUCAGUUUCAGUUGUAUCUUUUGACAAGAAAGGAGGUGAUCGUCCACCUGAGAAAGAAAGGAAGAAAGAUGUUCCUGCUCCACGCAUGCAAUUUGAUGAUAAGAGCCGAGUGCAAAAGGCUAAAAAGCAUGCUGUGGUCAAACAAACUGAAGCUAGAAACAGAGUUGAAUUGUUUCGGCAUUUGCCUCAAUAUGAACAUGGAACUCAGCUUCCUGAUUUGGAGUCAAAAUUCUUCCAACUUGACCCUGUACAUCCUGCUAUUUACAAGGUUGGAUUACAGUAUUUAGCUGGAGAUAUAUCUGGGGGUAAUGCUCGUUGUAUUGCAAUGCUUCAAGCUUUUAAGGAAGCCAUUGAGGACUACUCCACACCACAAGAAAAAACUCUUGCGAGAGAUUUAACUGCAAAGAUCAGUAGUUAUGUAUCAUUCUUUAUUGAAUGCAGGCCACUUUCGAUCGGCAUGGGAAAUGCAAUUAGGUCUUUAAAGACCCGUAUAUCAGACUUACCUCUAACUCUUUCUGAAUCAGAAGCAAAAGCAGCACUUUGUUCAGAUAUUGAGCAUUUCAUUAAUGAGAAGAUAAUACUUGCAGACAAGGUUAUAGUUAGACAUGCUGUUACAAAGAUUAGGGACGGAGAUGUUCUUCUCACUUAUGGAUCGUCAUGUGUUGUUGAGAUGAUUCUGUUAUAUGCCCAUGAGAUGGGGAAACAGUUCCGUGUUGUGGUAGUAGACUCUCGUCCAAAGCUUGAAGGCCAAGCAUUACUUCGUAGGCUGGUAGCGAAGGGUCUGAGUUGUACAUAUAGUCAUAUAAAUGCGCUCUCUUAUAUUAUGCAUGAAGUCACAAAAGUGUUUCUGGGGGCAGCCUCUGUAUUAUCCAAUGGAACUGUGUAUUCAAGGGUUGGGACUGCGGCUGUUGCGAUGGUCGCUAAUGCUUUCCAUGUUCCAGUUUUAAUCUGCUGCGAAGCCUAUAAAUUUCAUGAAAGGGUGCAGCUUGAUUCUAUCUGCUUUAACGAACUAGGUGAUCCAGAUGCUAUUGCAAAAGUUUCUGGAAGAACGGAUGUGAACUAUCUGAAUAAUUGGGCUAAUAAGGAAAAUCUGCAACUGUUGAAUUUAAUGUAUGAUGCUACUCCAUCAGAUUAUAUCUCCAUGAUUGUCACUGAUUAUGGCAUGAUCCCACCCACAAGUGUACCUGUCAUUGUUCGUGAGUAUCGGAGAGAUCACGUGUUUAUCUAGAUAAAGUCUGCAUGGGCUACACUAUUUUCUGGAUAAAGGCUCAUCAUUUUUCUGCGAAUGUCCAUGGGAAUGAAAUUUGAAAUUUUUUUAUUUCAACACUUAGGAAUAUCUCUUACCAUUUUUCAUCUGGAAAUGGUAAUGUUGUGUCAUAUGUCUCAAUGGUAUUUGAGUUUUUUUGGGAAAACAUAACCAAGUGAAGAGUGCAUAAUUUCGCCUCUCCUAAACAUUCUACAUUUAUUGUAAUCCAAAUAUUUUCUUGUAUAUGAUUGCUUGGCUUGCAAGUUCUCAUAAA